UUCCAGAUUCAUCCAAGUCCCUACAAAGGACACGAACUUCAGCCAAUUGUUAAAACCUCUCUCUUGCUCCUGUUCUGUGUCUCUGGAGGACCCUGACGAAUAUAUGUGCUGAAGACCCUGUGGGGUUCCUUACAACAGCCUGGGGGAGGAAAUUCUGCCACGCUUCCAUUUUGCAGAUAAGGAAAUUUAGAUGCCCACAGCUGGUGCUGAGCUGCCUUGGAAAGACAAAUGACCGGGAGGAGCCACUGUGGCCAGUUAGCUUGAGCCCAGGUCUGGGCCUGGCCUGGGCAGGCCAGCUGACUUGUGGAGUGGGGGAAAAUGUGACCUGGCCUGUCCCCACCUGCACAUGACGUAAAAGGGGCUGUUUUAUAAACCACACUGACACCUCCAGGGACAACAGGCAACACCCAGGGUGCCCUAGGCUGGAGCACUGAAGGGAAUGGUGGCAACUGCAUGUAGAGUCGAGGGACUGGCAGGCUGUUAAUGUGUUUGAACCCAUGGUGUGACUUGCUCGAGAUCACACUGAGACAGAGGUGGCUAAUUACUAAGUGCUUUACCUGCCUGGUUGCUUAGAGUCUUGGCAGCGACCUUACCAGGUAACUGUGGCGGGGCUCAUGAAGGUUGGAGGCAGAAUGACUAGUGCAAGGUCAUGCAGCUCGUUAGGAGGAAGACGGGGGCUUGCCCCCGGGUCUGUGGGUACCCACGGUCCCUGUUCUUCACCACCUGCUCCAUCGGGCCCCCCCCUUCCAAGCUCCUGCUCUCCCACAGUUAUUUCACCCAUCCCUCCCCCACCUGCCACCUGUGCCUCCUUUUGAACCAGGGGUGACUCAAAGCUGUGGCUCACCCUGUUCCCUCUCCUCUCCCUCAUCCCCCAGACUUGGGACUGGCGGCUCUUGAGGGCCCAGGGCCUGCUCAGGGACCUGAGGCUUCUUUGCAUGGUCAUCACAAUAAGUCCCCAUGUCUGUGGUGGCCCAAGGAGCCCCUUCAUUUCCCUGCUGUGGACAGGGGCCCAGCCGCAACCCUGGGCUUGGAGCAUGAACCAUUUGACUGAGGCCGGAUGGCCGUGCCACCGCUGUCCCACGGGCUGCCAGUGGAGCAUGCCCGCUAAGGAAAUGAGGGGCCACCUGUGCUGGCUGCAGGACACCAGGCUGACCAGGAGCUCCUGGGUGGCGGGGGUUGGGGGUGGUCAGGGGAAGCGGCAGGAGGCACACCCACUCUCUCCAGGAAGUCUUCAUUUUCACUAAUUCAUCCCCCCACCAAAUUCAUCGCCUUAUUUGCUGGAUGUUCUGUUUAGGGGCCAGAUAAGCAAAUAACAAGAGCCAUCAUUGCUUGAACACAGGCUGUGUGCCAGGCAUUGGGCUAAAUGCUUCAGACAUCAUGGCCUCGGAUCCCCACAGCAGCCCCAUAAAGCAGGUGCUGUUACUCCCAUUUUACAGAGGAGGAAACAGUGGCACCGAGAGGUGAAGUAACUCACAUACCAGGAGGAAAUGAGCAAGCUGGGUUUCAGUCCCACAUCUCUGACUCCCAAGCUCCUGGCCACAACCACCACUGUCCGGUGCCCUGGAGCUGGACAGGUGCUGGGCUCAAACCCCAGCCUUAGUCCCUGGUUCCUGUGCUCUGACCUCCCAGCUUCAGAUUUCUCCAGGAGCUAAGGACCAAACGAAAUACUUAAAAACAAAAUGCUGCAUCCCAUGCCCUGCCAGGGUGAGAUGCCCAGUCAAUGUGAACUUUUAAUUUUCAACCUCAAUACUUCUUCAUUCUAGGUAUGUGAGUUCCCAGGAAAGAGGAGAAGCCAGGUUUAACUGAGCACCUAUUAAUAGGCCAGUUGUUCCUACGAAUUCUCUUGGACCACACUGUUCUGUGAACUAGUAUUUUAGCCUCAUUUCACAGAUGACGACCGAGGCUUACGGAGGUGAGGAGAGACCUGCUUAGUAAGGGGCAGGGGCAAAAGCAGCACUUGUUUCUGAUGACCACACCAGCAACCCGUUGUCCUUGUCCCUUGUGGGACUCCAUCCUUCCAGGCGGUCUGUGCAUGGGCGGGAGGAGGUACCGCUGCUGUCAUGGCUCUGAACACGACCAGCCAGCCUUGUCCUGUGCCUGGGUGGCUGCCAGCCACGCUGGAUGAUGGAGCAGGUAUGAAAUGAAGGUGAGUGGCUACAACCUCAUGCAGGCCAUGCGCUUCGCGGUGGAGGAGAUCAACAAUGACAGCAGCCUGCUGCCUGAUGUGCUGCUGGGCUACGAGAUGGUGGAUGUGUGCUACAUCUCCAACAACGUCCAGCCAGUGCUCUACUUCCUGGCACAGGAGGACAGCCUCCUUCCCAUCCAAGAGGACUACAGUAACUACGUGCCCCGUGUGGUGGCUGUCAUUGGCCCUGAAAACUCCGAGUCUGUCAUGACUGUGGCCAACUUCCUCUCCCUCUUUCUCCUUCCACAGAUCACCUACAGCGCCAUCAGCGACCAGCUGCGAGACAAGCAGCGCUUCCCGGCCCUGCUGCGCACCGCGCCCAGCGCCAAGCACCACAUCGAGGCCAUGGUGCAGCUGAUGCUGCACUUCCACUGGAACUGGAUCAGUGUGCUGGUGAGCAGCGACACCUAUGGCCGUGACAAUGGCCAGCUGCUGGGCGAUCGCCUGGUCGGCAGCGACAUCUGCAUCGCCUUCCAGGAGACGCUGCCCACACUGCAGCCCAACCAGGACAUCAUGCCAGAGGAUCGCCAGCGCCUGGUGAGCAUCGUGGAGAAGCUGCAGCAUAGCACGGCGCGCGUCGUGGUUGUGUUCUCGCCCGACCUGACCCUGUACGACUUCUUCAGGGAGGUGCUGCGCCAGAACUUCACAGGCGCCGUGUGGAUUGCCUCCGAGUCCUGGUCCAUCGACCCGGUCCUGCACAACCUCAUGGGGCUGCACCGCACGGGCACCUUCCUGGGCAUCACCAUCCAGAACGUGCCCAUCCCAGGCUUCAGCGAGUUCCGUGUGCGGGGCCCACAGGCCGAGCCGACCAACCAGAGGUCUACCUGCAACCAGGAGUGCGACACCUGCUUGAACUCCACCUUGUCCUUCAACUCCAUUCUCAGGCUCUCCGGGGAGCGCAUCGUCUAUAGUGUGUAUUCUGCGGUCUACGCCGUGGCCCACGCCCUGCACAGCCUCCUCGGCUGUGACCACAGCGCCUGCACCAAGAGGGUGGUCUACCCCUGGCAGCUGCUUGAGGAGAUCUGGAAGGUCAACUUCACUCUCCUGGACCACCAAAUCUCCUUCGACCCACAAGGGGACGUGGCCCUGCACCUGGAGAUUGUCCAGUGGCAAUGGGACCUGAACCAGAAUCUCUUCCAGAGCGUCGCCUCCUACAGCCCCCUGCAGGGACACCUGAAGGACAUCCAAGACAUCUCCUGGCACACGGUCAACAACACGAUCCCUGUGUCCAUGUGUUCCAAGAGGUGCCAGUCAGGGCAGAAGAAGAAGCCCAUGGGCAUCCACACCUGCUGUUUCGAGUGCAUCGACUGCCUUCCCGGCACCUUUCUCAAUCAGACUGCAAAUGAAUAUGAUUGCCAGGCCUGCCCGAGUAACGAGUGGUCCCACCAGAGUGAGACCUCCUGCUUCAAGCGGCGGCUGUCUUUCCUGGAAUGGCAUGAGGCGGCCACCAUCGCUGUGGCCCUGCUGGCCGCCCUGGGCUUCCUCAGCACCCUGGCCAUCCUGGUGAUAUUCUGGAGGCACUUCCAGACGCCCAUGGUUCGCUCGGCUGGGGGACCCAUGUGCUUCCUGAUGCUGACACUGCUGCUGGUGGCGUACAUGGUGGUCCCGGUGUACGUGGGGCUGCCCAAGGUCUCCACCUGCCUCUGCCGCCAGGCCCUCUUCCCCGUCUGCUUCACCAUCUGCAUCUCCUGCAUCGCCGUGCGCUCCUUCCAGAUCGUCUGCGUCUUCAAGAUGGCCAGCCGCUUCCCGCGCGCCUACAGCUACUGGGUCCGCUACCAGGGCUCCUACGUCUCUGUGGCGUUUAUCACAGCACUCAAGAUGAUCACUGUGGUGAUCAGUUUGCUGGCUACGGGCCUCAACCCCACCACCCGCACUGACACCGAUGACCCCAAGAUCAUGAUCAUCUCCUGCAACCCCAACUACCGCAACAGCCUGCUGUUCAACACCAGCCUGGACCUGCUGCUCUCGGUGGUGGGUUUCAGCUUCGCCUACAUGGGCAAGGAGCUGCCCACCAACUACAAUGAGGCCAAGUUCAUCACCUUCAGCAUGACCUUCUAUUUCACCUCGUCCGUCUCCCUCUGCACCUUCAUGUCUGUCUACGAUGGGGUGCUGGUCACCAUCGUGGACCUCUUGGUCACCGUGUUCAACCUCCUGGCCAUCAGUCUGGGCUACUUCGGCCCCAAGUGCUACAUGAUCCUCUUCUACCCGGAGCGCAACACGCCAGCCUACUUCAACAGCAUGAUCCAGGGUUACACCAUGAGGCGGGACUAGCGCCGCCCAGGGGCGUCCGGGAGGGAUGGCCUCGGCGUUGGGAGGCGGAAGCCGGGGGUCUGGCUGGUUCAACUCCAGAGGGAGGCAGGGAAGCCAUCCCCAACUUUUCCCACCUUGCCCUGGUUUCUAAUUUAGCAGUCCUUGGAGGUUCUCUGCAUCGGGGCCAUUUUUGCCCAUUUAGUGAUGGAUGCCUUAAAACAUCCACUUUGUUCCUUUCCCUUGACCAGUUUUAAUUGCCAGGCACUGCCACCUUCUUCCAGAAAAAAACCACCCAAGGUGACCUAUUGGUCUCCAAGGACAGUCUGAUUUAGCAGCCUCCAGCCGCCAUCUGGCGGUCACAGUGGGCAUCUGCGGGCUGCAGCUCAUUCCCUUCACUCAAGUUCAAGGCCAAGGGAAGCCCUGGGGGGCGCUGGGCUGGCUUGGGCUGGGCCUGGCCGGGGUUGGUGUGGGCUGGUGGGGACUGCCACUCAGCCUGUGAGUUCGGAUAGUGCAGCCAUGGCUCCAUUCACUAGCUGUCUCACGUGUCCGUUCCCUUUCCUUCUUCCUGAAGAGCUGGGGCCCAGAUCCCUGGGUUAUCUCUCAGGGCUGGCCAUGCAUAGCAUGCUUCCCAGAUGCUUGUGAAUAAACCUCCCUUGGGUGAAAUGAAUGCGCUUCCUUCCUGUUUUCAGAAGUCCCUUGAGAAAGAACAUGUGGAAUCAGACCUCAGUCUCAAUCCCAGUAGUGUCACUUCCAGGCUGUGUGACUUUAGGCUGUCACGUUGACUUUGAUGUGGACAACAGCUUACAUUUAUUGCCAAGUCCCUGGCUAAGAACUUUACUACUGUAUCCACGUAUUCCUCACAAAACUCUAUUGAUUGUGUGCAAUUAUGCUCCUUAUUUUACAGAUGGUGGGCCGAGGGCUGAGGGAAGAACUCAAAGAAGCUAUAGAACUUACCCAGAGUCACAAAGCUUGUCUGAGCACCCCCUUCCUCUCCCCAGAGCCUACUCCCGGAGCCACAGUCCUUUACGGGAUAAUAUCCAGGUGGCCUGGCCUGGGAAGCUGUCCCCACUGUGGUGCACAGGGGGAAGGCUCAGGCUCCCCGGACAAGGAGCUGUGCUGUGGCAGGGGAUUCAGAUGUUAGGGAGGUGGCUGGUGGGUGCAGUGACCAGAAAAGCCUUUGGGAGAAGCUAGCAUUUGGAAAGAGCCUUGAAGGACACAGAAGUGUUGGAAGGCUGGAAGUUUGGAUGUGUGGGGGAGGGGCAGGUGGGGCCAGCAGGAGGAAAGGCGGGAUGGAAGGAAGCCCAGGCAGUUCCAGGAGGACCAUGUGGCUGAGAGUGGCCAGGCUGUGAGAACUCAGCUUCAAAGGGCAGCUAGGGCCAGAUGCCGGGGUCUGGCCCUGGGUGUCUGGUGUCUGGCCCUUGUCCUCCUUGGGUGGCUACUCCCAGCAUCCUGUGCACAUUCUUGUUUAUCCCUCCUCUGGGUCACCUGGGAUGCCAUCCUGCCCCUGUCUGGCCACUGUGACCAGCCUCCUCGGUGGCUCAGUCCUUUUCCCACAGUCCCCAGUGCUGACCUGGCCUUGUGGGCUGGAGACUGCUGGGCACAGACCCCAAGGAUAGAUGGUCAAGGUCUUUCUAGAAUGUCCCUUCUCUGCCUCCUCCACUCACUUCCCAGGGGAGCCCAGAGCCUUGGCCGAGGCCCACCCCAGUCCCAAGCUUUCUGGGAGCCACCCUGCAUGAUCCGUCCCUGGGUGUGACUGUCUCCCGUCCCCCUUAGCCUCGGGACCAGAUUGUCAGAGGCUCAGGGAGUUUUAAGCUGUUAAUUCUCUUUUCCUGCAUGCUUCUGAUGCCUUGCUUUAAUUUUUUUUAAAAGAGAUAAUCACCUCAUUUCUUGGUUCUGCCUCUUGGACCACCAUGAGUGAAGAGAAUCCUGGAAUCCCACUGACCUCAGAGGGCCUCUGCUCCACACCUCCUAGAGCAGCCCUGAGGCUGGGAUCUUGAGCCUUUAGUGUUUCCUCCAGUGAUGGGAGCCUCACCAAGGACAACUCUAGUUAUCAGAAACUUCUUCUUAGCUCAAAUCAAAACCUGACUCCCUGGAAUUUCUGUUUAUGGACACUAGUUUCAUUCUUUGGGAUCAUGAAUUAAAUCUAAUUUCUAGCCUAAGCAUGGUGGCUCACGCCUGUAAUCUCAGCAGCUUGGGAAGCCAAUGUAGGAAGAUUGCUUGAGGCCAGGAGU